AUGCCGUCUUAGUCGCAUUGCCUCCAAACAAACAUCUUCUGGUACUCCAGACAGCAUCCACGUCUGGACGUCCGGACAUACCAACCUCCUAGUAAGUAUACAAUGGGGGCCAACAUUCCACCAGAGCUGCAAGAUCUCCCGAUCUCGAAACGGCCUCCCAAGACCUGGUCUCAGACGCUCAACGCUCUGCUCUUCAUUAUAGUCUUCGACUUUGCGAAUCUUAUGAUCAAUGCCUUUCAAUUCGUCAUCGUUCUGCCCAUAAGAUUGAUUCCGGUCUCUUCGGCGAGAAAUCUUUACGAUGAGGGUAUUCGAUAUAGUAAGGGUGCCUUUGGUAUCUUGCUAGAGUCUCUUGGCGGCCUUAGUCUUGAUGAGCCAAUGGUUCGCACCAACGAAACUUGUUGUCUCGUUUGAAAUAGAGGGCCAAGGUCGGUUCACAAACGAGGAGAUCGAGAAGUUGGUGGAGAAGGACGCUUCAGGUCGUGUGCUUGCUCUUCAUCUGCCCCAGAAGGCGGUCAUGAUCGCGAACCACCAGAUCUACGCGGACUGGUGGUACGCGUGGUGUCUGACGUACUUCAUGGGAACCCACAAAGACGUAUACAUCGUCCUAAAGGACAGUCUGAAAUGGGUUCCCAUCGUAGGUUGGGGCAUGCAGUUCUACAAUUUCAUUUUCCUUGCUCGUUCAUGGGCGUCAGAUCGCCUUCAUCUAUCCAAGAGCUUGGCCUGGUUAGGACGUCGUGCAGAACAAAGGGAUACCCCGUUAACCCUCAUAUUGUAUCCCGAAGGUACCCUAGUCAGUAGAGAUACCAGACCCAUAAGCAAGAGAUACGCUGACAAACUAGGCAUUCCCGAUAUGGUUCAUUCACUUCUACCAAGAUCUACCGGUCUUCAUUAUUCUCUUCGUUCCCUCGCUCCCAAGAUACCCAGUUUGCAAUUGAUCGACAUCACAAUGUCAUACCCAGGUAUUCCUGCGUUUAGCUACGGCCAGGAUCACUACACCUUGCGCUCCAUCUUCUGUGACCGUGUUCCCCCACCUGCCGUGCACAUGCACAUUAGGCGUUUUGACGUAGCUAAGGAGGUACCCAUCGGAGAUCUAUCCGGAAGCAAUGCAGAGUCUUUGCCCAAUGGAUCAGCAUCUUCGAAGGGUCAUACAGUUGAGAUCGACAUUCCAGAGAAUGAACGGGUCAAUUUCGACUCCUGGCUACAGGACCUCUGGCGGGAAAAGGACAAGCGUAUGUCAAAGUUUUUGGAUACAGGCUCAUUGGUGGAUGAGGGACAAGUGAGGUUGGAGAUUCCAUUGGAGUUGAAGCAUAGACGAGAGAUUCUGGACGCAUUUUGCUUUUUCGUGCCUGCGCAGAUGGGAUGGAUAUCCACGAAGUUGCGGUAGGAGAUGUGGAUGUGUUGGCGAUACGAGGUCACGGGCUGCUUCAUGAUGGUUACGAAUUCAUUGUUACGAUACACAUUCCCUUUGCAUGUUGUUGUACUUGCUAGUUAUUCCUUACUUCGGAAAUGGACAUUGUAUAACCACGGAUGACCUGCAGGGUGUUUGCGCGAAGAGCAAUAGUGUGCAAUAUUCUAGACAUAAUUACUUUUGAGCGGCGGUAGUGAAAACGAUGGGAUGAAGUGUCGACGC